UAGAUAAGACUUCAAAUUUAACCGACUUAUUCAUGUCUGUCAACUGACAGUUUUUAUAACACAUUGGACAUUGGACAUUUAUCUAAAUUUGGUUAAUUCUCAAUUUCCAGAGCUCUCCAGCUAUUUGCUGCCAUGGCAGGAAGAAAUAAGCAACACGAUCACGGAAGCGAACCACGGGGGCCGCCGAACCCCGUCGACGCCCUCCGCCGACGCCUCACUUGGCUGUCCGUGUUUCCCCUGCUCUACCUCAGCGCAAGCGCCGCAGUCUACGCCUACAGGGAGCGCGGCGAUCCCUGGAGUUUGGGCUUCGUGCUGUUCUCCUACUCCGACCUUCUGGCUCUCUUCUACUGCCUCGGCAGGUUCGAGCGGGCGGCGGAGGGGGAGGGCACGACGGAGCAGAGGCGGAGGCUGAAGGCGGUGAUCUGGGCGCUGGCGGCGGCGCUCAUGGCGGGGUUCAGCUUCAGGGUGUCGGCGGUCCUGCCGGCGGCUCUGGGGGCUCUCAUCUGGGUGAUGGCCGCCAGUGUGACGGUGGGCGGAUUUUGCGGCCUCUUCUUGUUCGAUCGGCGCGACAACGAGAAGCCAUCCGUUGGCUCUAAAGAUGAUGCCAAUCCUACUGUCGCGACAAAUAAAAUCUCUCAUGUUGAACACCUACAUCGAGUAUCAAAGGCUAUCGAUGAAAGUAAUAGAAAGACCCAAGUUGUAGGCCAAAGUCGACAAUCUAAUAUCGGUUUGGAAUCCCAACACAAUCAUCCUAGCACUACUAUGGUUAUAUUAUCAAAGGAUCCAUACAAUGAUUUUCGGCAAUCGAUGUUGGAGAUGAUGGAUGCGAAGCAACAAGAAGAAGAAGGGGACAAAAUAUUGGAAUCGGGUUUCAUGGAGGAACUUCUCAUGCGCUAUUUAGAAUUCAACGACGAGAGUGUGCAUAAGGAAAUUUUGAGGGCCUUCUCAGAUCUAACAUCUAGCUUUCGAUUCAUGGCUAAGUAGAUUAUACUUCAUUGAAGGUGAAGCAAAGAUUUUAGUUCUAGUUCUAUAAUAAUGUAUUUUGGCGCAUAAUAACGGAUUUUAGGCAAAUCAAGUUAAAUUAUUUUUUAUAUUAAUUUUUGUAAUACAAAA